UUGACCCCCUGUGGCGACCAUCAAUAUUUAAAAAGUUGAAUGGUUGUUACGAUCAACUGCAAGAUUCACCUGCUUAUUGCAGGUUAGUGAUUCUUUCGUCUUUACUACAAAAUUACUCAACUGCACUAUUUGGAAACGAUUCGAGAUGAGGCACGUGGUUAUAUUGCCAAACGGUGAGGAAAUCCAAGUUGAGCUUCCAAAGUCAGGCCAGCAACCUAAAGGUUCGGAUCUACUGCAGCUUGUGUUCCAAAACAUCGGUUUUGGCAAGGCCGACCAACAGUAUUUUGGACUUUUAUAUUGUGAUAAAGAAGAUGGUCGUAUGGAUUGGCUUGAAAAAGAUGACAAUCUAAAAAGCAUCCCUAAAAUCAAAUCUUCGGGCUUUGUUCUGGCGGCAAGGUAUUACCCACAGCAUCCAGACCUGGUUUUGAAGGACACGAACACCCGACGACUGUUUUGCUUCCAAAUAAAGGAAAAGUUGAUUCGAGGAGAAUGGGGGUGUGACGUGGAAACACACGCCAUCCUUGAUGGCCUCUUGGUGCAAGCAAACCUUGGAGACUUUGAUCCAAAGCUCCACCAUUAUGGUUACCUCAAAGCCAUAAAAAUGGUCGACCUGAUAACACCAAGUCGAUUGAAUUCAGAUGCUGAUCCUUCUGAAAAUCAGUACCUGAAAAGAGUCAGCUAUUAUCACAGGCAUAAUAUAGGCCUUACACAAGACGAAGUUGAGAGCUUGUAUCUGAAGAAGGCAAAAACCUUAGCUCUGUAUGGGUUUAUAAUGCACACAGUUGUUGAUAAGAAUAACAAUGAGAUUUGUGUUGGGCUUAGGGAACAGAGCAUUGCAUUAUUUGAUAGUCCCUCAUUUGCUCAUGACAAUUCAUUGAUGAUUAAAACUGAGCUGUAUUGGAAUAGCUUGAAAUUCUGCAUCAAUAUGAAAUGCAAAGUCAAGCUUGGUGUUGAAAUACAAAGAGGAAACAUGACAGAGUUUGUUUGGAAAGUCAAGAACAAACAUUGCUUCCAUGGAGCACAACGUUUAUGCAUUGAUAUUAAAGCUUUUCAAAACAUGUAUGCUUCCCGAGAUGAAAGUGACUUUAUGACAAAGAAGAAGGAAGUAAAAAGAGCCAAGUCAUUUGCAAAUCCUUCAAAAACAAACAGAACAAAAUUCCAACGUCUGAACAGUGUUGCAACAACUUUGAGACUUUCACUGAGAAAGAAAAAGGAAUACCACAAUGAACCAGAUCUGUUGAAUUCUAGUAAAACUUCAAAACAGGAAGGGGAGGAACGGCUUGAAAAUAGCAGGGUUGUCCUUGUGGGGUAGAUUUACUGCAUUCAGAUUUUGCAUUUAUUUUUGUUUUAUGUUAUUAACUUUGUUCCAAACUUUGUGUUCAAAAGUAAGCAUUUGAAAACUUUUUCAACAUCAUUUCAGAUUGCUUGCUUUGUAUAAUUAUGGUAGCUUGUAAACAGUUCAAGGUAUGUUCUAUAAAUAAAAGGCCAGGAGUAGUUUUUUUGGAAAAAACAUUCGCAUUGACAAGUACCACAAUUGACUCAAUAAGAACUUGAGGAGCAUGGGUGUUGAUAUGGCACACUGUUGCCUUAACAGGGGGAUUAAUGACCCCAGGAACAGCUACUAAAUACCCUUAAAAUCAGCAUUGCAUUCUUGAGAAUGUAGAUAUAGUUAAGCUGUGAACAUACGUAUUCUAGCUCAUGUAAGAUUUUUACAAAUAUUUUAGAAAGUAUCACCACAUUAAUUUUGGUAUUUUUAGAUAUUUGUGUUAUUGUUCUUGUGUAUGUUUAUUUCUUCAUGUUGCGUUUGCAAGUCAGUUUGCUCAGAUUUGCACCAUUAGAUGAAUAUGUGUAUCCAUUUAUCUGGAUAAAGCUUUAAGAAUAGCUUUACAGCGUAGACAGAUGUGACUGUGAUUGACUGAGCAAAUAUAUGUGAACUGCUUAAAAUUUUAAAUGAUUAAACUUUUCUGCCUGUUAAAUCGUUUCCAAAUUGAAAUGUCACCAUGACAAGCUAAAGCUGACUCUUAUAUAUCUUAAGUUUGAUAUUGAUCAUUUAUUUUGUAGUUAAUGAA